UCAUAUCCAAGAAACCAAAUUUAACUUCUUUUUUCUUUUCUUUCAUUUCCUCUCUUUCCAAACAACAAACACUUCUCUCUCACUCUACACAUUAUUAUUUGUAAAUAAAUAAAUCUCUUUACCCUCUCUAUAUAUUCAUCCAUAGAUCUCAGCAUUUGCCUUCCUCCUUCAUUUCACCUCCCUUCUUUCUUAGCUUCAAUAGACCCAGAAGACAAACAAAAAGGCCAAAGGAAGGAAAGGUAGGAAGAGACAGAGAAAGGAUAAGUAUUGUGAGAGACAAAGAAGGGAUCGAAAAUGGGUUCGGUUCCACCAGAACUGAGCUUGGAUUUUAGACCAACUUUUGUACCCAAAACGAUCAGUAAUUUCCUCAAGGAGGUUUCAAUGGUCGGAAACGUUUCUGACAAGGUUUCAAAAGUCGAUGCUUUUGUCAAAGGAUUGGAAGAAGAAAUGAGAAAGAUCGAUGCUUUUAAACGUGAACUUCCUCUUUGCAUGCUCCUUUUGAAUGAUGCAAUUGUAGCUUUGAAAGAGGAGUCAAUGCAAUGUGUAACAAGAAAUGUUGAACCAGUUUUAGAAGAAUUUAUUCCGUUGAAGAACAACAAGAAGGAAACUAAACACAGUGAAGAAGAUGGUGCAUCAAUUACCACCAAAAAGGAUAAAGAUCCUAACAACAACAACUACAAUAUUAAUAAAGACAAGAAAAAUUGGAUGAGUUCCGUUCAGCUUUGGAACACUGAUGAUGAUGAUUAUCGCUCCACUGAUCACAAACUAGACACUAAGAGAAACGAUGAAGAUCCAUUCCAAGGAUGUAAAAACAGGGGAUCAGCGAGGGCAUUUAUGCCAUUCAAGCCAAAUUUGGGUUUCGCAGUGAGGAAAGAAGAAAAAGAGGAGAUACCAGUUCACGGACUAACGCUUUUGACUCCUGGAAUCAAGAAUCUGAAAGAGGAAUCAGGUUCCACAGGAUCCAGGACAAGUUGUAGCAGAGCAGUUUCAUCUUCUGCCCCCAAUGCUCAGUCGAAUUUUCGGUCUGGACCACAGCCGCUGGCCCAUCACCUGCAGCAGCAGCAGCAACAACAGCAGACUGCUAGGAAGCAAAGGAGGUGCUGGUCACCUGAGUUGCAUCGCCGGUUUGUCAAUGCCUUGCAGCAGUUAGGAGGCUCUCAAGUGGCCACCCCAAAGCAGAUUAGGGAACUUAUGCAAGUAGAUGGCUUGACCAAUGAUGAAGUUAAGAGUCAUUUGCAGAAAUAUAGACUUCACACAAGAAGACUUCCACCUUCUACAACCACCCCUGCUAAUCAAUCAGUCGUUGUUUUGGGGAGUGGUCUGUGGAUAUCCCAAGAUCAGUAUGGAGAAUCCUCAAAGGGGAGCAGUUCUCAGUCUGGUUCUCCUCAAGGUCCUCUGCUAUUAGCCGCAAAUACUGGAGGGACCUCCACUACAGGAGGUGACAGUAUGGAAGAUGAUGAAGAUGCAAAAUCUGAGAGCUAUAGCUGGAAAAGCCAUAUUCACAAACCUGGAAAAGAUGAUGUAUAGAGUUUAUCCACCAUGAAUUUUGCAGAUAAAAGUAUACAUGGGAGGAGUUCAUGACUACAAAAAAUUAUAUACUAUUACUAUAUAAUACAUAAAAGGAGAAGGAUCUUGAGAGAUGAGAGAGGCUGUUAAAUUUUGCAGGAUUAGAUUUCCUUCUAUCUUGAACUGAGUUUUGUUUUAUUCCGGAACUAGCACAAGAAUUCCAAUUAUGAUCCAUGUUUUCCGUGGAAGAAACGUGAGCGCUAUUCCCUUAUCAUAAAGCUAUGGCUUCUCCGUUAGAUUGAACCUAUGUUGGCUAGUGCUGUCUACUAUUUUGAGGUUUUAGAAAUGCCUCAAUGUCCAAGAAAUUGUCGUUAAAAUGGCUUCCUUUUGAUAGGUGUUUCUGCAGUUUAAUUGCAAGUACCCUGACAUGCUCCCGUAUCCAACUCAAUCCAAAGGCAAUUCAUUCAUCGUUCCAGUCUUUUUUCACUGAGACCUGUUGAGAGAGUGCUCUCACAAAGUUUCUUGAGUAUAAUGAUGAAGCUUGGUAAACGCUUUCAUCUUGUUAAACAGUCACGAAGAAGAAGCCAGAAAAUCAAAAAUUGACGUAGGUAGUCGCUCGUAUUCGCCUAAUCCGGGGCAGGUGAGCAGUAAAUCAGAGAUAUUCCAUUUGGUUGGUCAAUAGGUUUUCAGCUUUCUCAAAGAACUUUCUUGUGCUAAUUGUUCUGUUUACAUGCUUACCCUCCACUUUUCCCCGUGGAAAGAAUCUCAAAUCGUUUUUCUACAUAGGAGUACAAGUCCUAGAAAUGGCCUUGAAGCUUAAGCAAAGCAAACAUCUGCCUGUAAAGGUCCAACAAGGAAAGACUUGACCUCACAUUUUUCUACUGCCCCAUCUGGUGGGUCACUGAGUUUGGCCCUGGGGCACAUGGGAUUUCACCAGGUCUUCCCUAUAGAUACUUGGAUUUAUUAUUCCCAAUGGGUUAUAGUGGUGUUUUGGCAAUUAUUCAGUCCUUUCAAGGUCAGUAUGGUACUGACAAGGAUGGGCGUAAACAUUUGGAUGACCUUACUGAUUUCGAAAUUGUCAAUGUUUAGAUUGAUGGGUGACAGUGUUUUGGUCGUACAAGAAGACAGCAGAGGAUCCAGACCUAUCUUGGAAAGAAGAUUUUAGGGUGCUUAUUCCCUUAUUUGUCUUAUGGUUACGUACAAUCUCAAUUAUUCUAAGAUGCAGUUUCUUUUAUUUAAUGACAGCUGAAAAGAUAUGAGUGACAAACAAACA